ACCCUGCCUGGACUGUCUACCAAUCUGGGCGCCGGCGGCCGCUUCCUGACCCCUCCAGUGCCGGUUUGAAGGCUGAGCCAGUGGGCCAAGGGGAGCCAUGGAAAACAUCCCUAUAGUGGGCUUGGGCACCUGGAAGGCCUCUCCAGGAGAAGUGGCCGAUGCGGUGAAGGUGGCAAUCAACUUGGGGUACCGGCAUUUUGACUGUGCUUACUUAUACCACAAUGAGAGUGAAGUUGGAAUGGGAAUCAAUGCCAAGAUCCAGGAGGGCGUGGUGAAAAGAGAGGAUCUGUUUGUGGUCAGUAAGCUCUGGUGCACAUACCACAAGAAGUCUUUGGUGAAAACAGCAUGCACCAAUACCCUGAAGGCCUUAAACUUGGAUUACCUGGACCUCUACCUCAUACAUUGGCCCAUGGGUUUCAAGCCUGGAGAAAAAGAUGUACCUUUGGAUUACAAUGGCAUGGUCAUACCCAGUAACACCAGCUUUCUGGACACAUGGGAGGCCAUGGAGGAGCUGGUGAUUGAGGGGUUGGUGAAGUACCUUGGGGUGUCAAACUUUAACCAUGAACAGCUUGAGAAACUUUUGAAUAAGCCUGGUUUGAGGUACAAGCCAAUAACUAACCAGAUUGAAUGCCACCCGUAUCUUACUCAGAAGAAUCUGAUUGAUUUUUGCCAUAGAAGAAAUGUGUCUGUGACUGCUUACCGUCCUCUUGGUGGCUCAAGUCAGGGAGUUGACUUGAUGGAUGAUCUUGUCAUUCAGAAGAUUGCCAAGAAGCAUCGGAAGUCUUGUGCUCAGAUUUUGAUCCGAUUUCAGAUCCAAAGGAACGUGAUAGUGAUUCCCAAAUCUGUCACUCCAAGCCGGAUUAGGGAGAAUAUCCAGGUAUUUGAUUUUAAAUUAACAGAAAAAGAUAUGGAGGAACUCCUCAGCCUAGACAAGAACCUCCGGUUGGCCACGUUCCCCUCAACCGAAAAUCACAAGGACUACCCUUUCCACAUAAAGUACUGAAGACAGCUUCACUCGCCCUCCUUUGUUCUCAGAUCACCGAGGUUGGCAGCACGGAUCCACCUCUGCAGAGGCUGUGUGGUCUCAGCCAGGAACAACACGGCAGAAUUAGAAGCAAGGAAAUCCUGCCUAGAGCAGAGGACCAGUUCUUGGAGCAACAUAAAAGAUCUAGGGAUGAGAAAGGAAGUACCGUGAGGGCUGUGGCUGUUACCAAGUUGUUGGGGACAGCCAAGCACACACAGCAGUGUAAUUUAUGUAGGUUAGUCCUUGUGGCUUCUAUCCUCUGAAAUGAGAUGCUAAUGGCUCGUGAAUCAAAAUUACCUGCACAUUUUAGGAAAACUUAUUUGAUAGAGGUGUUUGAAUAACUUGUAAUAUUUGAGAAGUUAGUAUAAUAAAUAUCCACAAGUUGGCUUCAGUAGCCAUCAGCCUGA